CCUUGCAGCACGGGAAUCCUUUACCGGUGAAAAAGAAAAGCAGUGCCAUUUGGCGCAGUUGUAAUUACAUCCGCUUACGAAGCGUCCUAAAUUAACAUAUUCGUCUUGUUUGAGGUUUUUUUGUUUUAUUUAAUUGUAGUGUUUACAUAGUUUUUCAUUUGAAGACCAACAUGAGUUCACUAAACGUUAAAAAGCUCAAAGUAAACGAGCUGAAGGACGAGCUAAAAAAGCGUCAGUUGUCCGACAAGGGGCUGAAGGCCGAGCUAAUGGAUCGAUUGGAGGCCGCGCUUAAUGAAGAGGCCCUAGCCGGAGAUUCUCCGCUUGGUCAGGACGACGAAGACGAUAGCGUCACGUUAGCCGAUGAAGGCAAUUCCGACUCGGUACCAGAGGCUGCCGAACAAGAAUGUAUGGGGGAAGAUGAAGACGAGGUGGUCCCGGUUGAAGAAAGCAUGGAGGCCAACGAGGGUGAGGAAGAGGAGAAUGGGAACGGAGGGGAUGGAGACGGGGACGCCGUCGUGGAUGAGUGCACCGAGGAUGAUGAGAUGGGUGAGGGAGAAGAUUGCGAGGAGGAGAUGGACCCGAUGCUAAAAGGAGAUGUGGACGAUAUGGAGAAAAUUGAUACAGAGGACGGUGAGCCUGGAGACCAGACUACCGAGGAGGGGGAUGCGGACAAAGACGCGAAUGGCGAUCAGAAGAAUAAGAAGGGUGUUAAGAGACGCCGGGAGGAACAUGGAAGGGGCUACUUUGAAUUUAUUGAAGAAAACAAAUACAGCUGGGCGUCCUUCAAGUCUCCCCUGCCACCUCUGGAGGAGGAAGACGAGGAGUUUGACGACACCAAAGUCUGCCUGGACACCUAUAACUGCGACCUGCACUUCAAGGUGUCUCGUGACCGCUACAGUGCCUCCUCUCUCACCAUGGAGAGCUUUGCAUACCUGUGGUCUGGGGGCAAGGCCUCAUACGGGGUCACCCAGGGCAAGGCCUGCUUCGAGAUGAAGAUCACUGAGAAGAUUCCUGUGAAGCACAUCUCCAGUAAGAACAUGGACAUCCAUGAGGUGCAGGUGGGCUGGUCCGUGGUCAACAGCAGCCUGCUACUGGGUGAGGACAAGCACUCGUAUGCCUACUCUGGGAAGGGAAAGAAGACCACAAACUGCGUGACUGAAGACUUUGGAGAGACCUUCGACGAGAACGAUGUUGUCUGCUGCCUUAUUGACUUCGAAGGGGAGAAGGUGGAGAUGUCCUUCUCCAAGAACGGCCAGGAGCCGGCGGUUGCGUUCCAGGUGGAGAAGGAGGCCCUGGGCAGCCAGGCCCUCUUCCCUCACGUCAUCUGCCACAACUGUGCGGUGGAGUUCAACUUCGGGCAGCAGGAGCUGCCGUUCUUCCCCUCGCUAGAGGGCUUCACCUUCCUGCAGGACGUCCAGGUGGACCAGCGUGUCCGGGGGCCCAAGGGCCCAGAGACCAAGAAGGACUGUGAGAUGAUCGUCAUGGUGGGUCUCCCUGGGUCAGGAAAGACCACCUGGGUGAAAAAGCAUGUGGAGGAGAACCCGGGAAAGUAUUACAUCCUGGGCAGUGACACCAUCGUGGAGAAGAUGAUGAUUGGCAGUUUGAAACGGCAAGCUAAAGAAACGGCCAAGCUCACAGCCAUUUCCCAGCGUGCACCUCUCUUCCUGGGCAAGUUCAUCGAGAUCGCCGCGCGCAAGAAGAGGAACUACAUCCUGGACCACACCAACCUGUCCGCCCCAGGUCAGAAGAGGAAGAUGUGUCUGUUUGCAGGGUACCAGCGCAGGGCCGUGGUGGUGUGUCCCUCGGACGAGGACUACAAGCUGCGGGCCCAGAAGAAGGCCGAGAGCGACGGGAAGGAGGUUCCCGAGCACGCGCUCCUCAAGAUGAAAGGGUUCUUUUCCCUGCCCGAGGAGGGCGAAAGCUUCAGCAGCGUGGAGUUUGUGGAGCUGCAGAAGGAGGAGGCGGCCAAGCUGCUGGAACAGUACAAGGAGGAGAGCAAGACGGCCCUGCCCGCUGAGAAGAGGCCAAACCAGGGAGGCAUGACCCCCAAGAGGGGGGGUCCCGUCCGUGGAGGGGCCAGGGGGGGCAAGGGCCAGUUCAACCGCGGAGGGGGGCCCGGUCAUAGAGGAGGGAGUGGAGGGGGCCGCGGAGGCUUCCAGAACAGAGGCAACUUUAGAGGAGCACCAGGACCACGAGGAGGGUUCAACCGCCACCCCAGGGGCUUCCUACACCCCCCUGCAUUCAGAGGGGGCUUCCCUGCCCGUGGUAACUUCAACCGAGGCGGGGGCGGACCUAUCCCCAGCCUGGGGGGAGGAGCCCCCAGAGGUGGACCAAUGAGAGGCAACAUGGGCCACAGGGGAGGAGGAGCCCCCAUGAACAGAGGCGGUCCAAUGAACAGGGGGAACAUGAGCCAGGGUGGAGGGGCUCCCAACAUGAACCGAGGAGGAGGAGGAGGGGGUGGAAACAGAGGCAGCUUCAGUCAGUUCCAGCCCAGAGGAGGCAACAGCCGCGGCAAUUUCGGUAACAAGAACGGCGGUAACUACGGUAACAACAGGAACAACCGAGGCGGUGGUGGCGGCGGCAGUGGUGGUGGCGGCAGCUUUGGCAGCAGGAACGGCAGCUUCGGCAUGGACAAGGCCCAGGCCUUCAACCAGAGCUGGCAGCAAGGGUUCUGGAACCAGAAGCCAUGGAGCCAGCAGUACCAGCCAGGAGGCUAUUACUGAGAGACUGUGUGUUGACAGACAAGGGGCCCUCAACCACCAGCCACGGACAUCUUGAGUUUUUCUAGAACCCACUUUUUAAAAACCAACUGAAAAAUAAUCAACCACCACAAAGCGAUGUAGAAACAUUCCACAUCUGAGGAGCGAGGUCUCUUUCAAGCUUUAUGGGUUCAAUUUCAUUUGAUUUAUUCGUAUUUUGUUUUGUACAUUUUAUGAUAUUUUUCCACUACUUUUAAAUCUCAUGCUUUUAAAGUCCAGUGUUUUUGGUAUAUCAGGAACCACAUGUGGCUCAUGCAGCUGAUGUUGGAAGAUUUUCAGGGUUGUGCAUUUUAUCUGUGCUUUGUGAUUUUCUUCUUUUUUUAUGAAUUGUAAAUAUUGUUUGCUUAGUUUCAUUUGUUUGAAUGGAAGGUUUAAAGAAACACUUAAAGAUUGAGAGAAUCCAGUGCUUGAAAGGCAUGGUAGCUAUAGCUUUGCUAAAGAAUUGUACUUAAAAGUAGUCAUACAACAUAGAACAACAUUUGAGUUGUAGAAACAGUAAGAGUUCAAAUUUGGGGAUUUUGUCUUUUGUUUCAAACAUCAACCAUGUAAUCUUAACUCCAUAGAUUUACAAUAAACUACAUGUUUGCUUUUUUACAACUUUCACGGCUUGUGAUUUUUUAUUUUGAAGUUCAAAGGUGCGCAACGGGCCUUUGUUGCAAUGGCUCUGGCCUGGUUGUCUAGUUCGAAUGACAACGUCAGCUGUUUUAUUAUUUGAACCAGAAUUCAUUCAAUAAAGCUUUGCUCGAAUUGGAUGUUGGAAUCCCUUUAGCGUUCUGUAUAACCUUUCGUUUUUUUUGUUUUUUUUUCCGACACACGUUUCUGAAGGCAGAUGACUCAUCAUAGCAUUGGUUGUGGUGUACUUCUCAGGGGUUGGGUUGAAUGCUUGUUCCUUAUUUAUUGAUUUUCUUUUCCUAAAGCAUUUUUCGAUGGAAAGUUGCAGUGGUUAGCUUUCAGCGAUGCUUUGUCGCGAACACACAACAAACCAGUCCAACUUGACCACACAGUUCCAGUGUUUACAUGUCAUGCCCCUAAUAUGUAUUUUAUUUUUUAAAGUUUUUUUAUGGAAGAUGCUAGAUUCUGUGGCUAGUUUAGCAAGUUUAGGCUUUGUGUGGUGUCUUAGAAAUCUAAGGAAGUAUUAAUUGUGUCUGAUGCAAGUCACUACCCCCCAUUUUCACCAGCAUAUAAAAGGGCUACACAAUGUCACAACAUCCUCUGAGAAAUAUAAAACUAUACAUCAAUAACGCUGAGCAGAGCAGAUCUCAUCUUUGAACUGGCUUCCAAGACUAGUUUUGUUUAGUAUAUACAUUUGUGACUGUGUGGCCCAUUGAUAAUUCUGGCUCUGUAUCAAAUCAACCAUAUCAUGGCUCUUAAUUGAAGAUACUUAAUGUGAUUGUGCCCACUGAGUGUUAAACCCAUGUAUCCUUUCAGCCAGAAUAUAGGUUGUAUGCAUCCAAAUUGCUCAUAUUUAAAAUGUCUACAUGAAUUUCCCGUAAACUCAAAUGGUUCAUAAAUCAUCACCGCUUGAUGUUGGUGAUGCUGGUGUGUUAGUUGCAUGACUGUCUACUCACAAAUUACUUGUAUGUUGUGUUCGAAUGCAAUGGUAAAUUGCCCAGACUAGAUUUUGAUACGUUUUGAGUUUGUGUUUUCAGCACAUGAAGAGGUGUACAAUAGUAAGUCAUGCUUUACGUUCUGGGUGAGGUUGAUCCUGAUGAUCUUUCGUUGUUUUAAAACCCUACUGACACGUUCUGUAUCGGAUGUUUUGAUAUUUGUUCAUAUUUGCUUUUGUUUUUUAUGUGGUUUUCUAUCGCAACAUUAUGGGAUAAAUCAAUAAUAAAGAUUAGAAAGUGUAUCUGUAA